UAAUAUAAAAUAAAAUAAAAUGAGUCUGAACUCGGAGACCUUCUGGCAAAGCCUCUUGGAGCAUGUGAGCAUGGCCGAUAUCAUUAAAGAGAACGAGGAGCUAAACAACCACAUAAAAAAUGAUGUAAAGAAAACAUUGCAGUGGAAAUUCCCAAAUACACCGCUUCAGGUGAGAUUGUUUGGCUCCCGCAUAAUGGGAGUGGGUCGCUCUGAAUCAGACCUCGAUAUAUUUGUAGUUAUAGGUAACUCUUCUGGAGUAUAUAACGAUAAGUUAACCCCGAACGUACAUUUUAAUCUACGCACGAUCGUGAGUGCGAUCCUAGAUAAUAAAACUAAGUGGGAACUUACAGCCGUCCUAGAUCGCACCUUUCCACUCGUCACUGUCCUCCAUAAAGGGACAAACAUUAAGUGCGACAUAAACUUUCUGAACAGAAUGUCUUGUGACCAGAACCAGUUGGUCAACUACAUCUUUAAGCUGCAGCCCAUUGCUCGCUACAUGGUGAUAUUUCUGCGGGCCUGGUCCCAAAAACACAGCCUUAGCAGAUGCUUUCGAAGCCAUAUCUUUAUCUUGUUGGUGAUUUUCUUCCUGCAAGUCCAGGGCCAUCUACCAGCCAUCAAAGAUCUUCAGACUGACCUUGUUCCCAAUGUUGCUCCAUGGACAUCAAACUUUCACGAAUUUCCGUUGUCAAAGUUUGGUAUGAAGGAAAUUGGAGUGAACGAAAACAAAACUCGCCAGAUCUUACACGAAUUCUUCAAGUUGUAUUCUACCUUUCCCUUUCACGAGUUGGUUGUUUGCCCCUAUUUGGGAAAGCGCAUUUUUCGCCGAAAGCUAAAGGACUUAAUGCCCCCAUGUUUCAAGUAUCCUUUAAAAUCUCCGGUGUUCAUACAAGACCUGAUACUCUUGGAUCAUAACAAAGGUCGGACUAUAAAGCCGCAUAAUCUGUGGCACUUUCAGGACCAGUGCAGGAAUAUGGGUUAUUGGAAUAUGAAGAAACCCCAAUAGUACUGAUUAAGACAUAGCAUCUGAAUUAAAACAUUUCAACUGGCUCUACGUCCGUCCGACCAACGUCUUUGCAACCACCAGAGGGAAUAAUUUUCUUUGAUUAUUAUAAAUAUUCAAAAUAUCUAAUAAAACUCUUUAAGA